AAGUAGGAACUCCUCGUGACCUGACAGCCACGUUACCGACCCGCCCUCCGCCAUUUCACCGCCGGGGCCCGCCGGCACGCCACCCGUUCCCGACCUCACGCGUAGACGACAGACGUGUCAUUCCACUGUACCACGAAGAUUCCAAAACACUUACCUCGACGCCGCCCCGGAAGCCAAAGCAGACCCGAGAUUCUUGGAAUCCCACCCGCGUUCCGGAGCGCAUGGCGACGGCGGCGCGUGCGGUGCACUGCCGGCUGCUGGGGGAGAGGCGGGAGUUGGCGGCGAGGAGGGAGCCGGCCGGCGGUCCGGUGCAGGUCUCGGUGCAGAGGCUGAAGCAGGCGGUGCCCAACGUCGGCGGCGGUGGCAACGGGAAGAUCCUGCUGCAGCCCCGGCUGUGCAACUUGAGAUCCUACGGCUCUGAUCCGGUGGGGAUCCUUAAGACCAAGAGGGUUGACGGCGGCGGCAGCGGCAGCGACUGCGACGCGGUGCCGCCCUUCUUCGAGACCCUGUCGGAGUACAUCGAGAGCUCCAAGAAGAGCCAGGACUUCGAGAUCAUCUCCGGUCGCUUAGCCAUGAUUGUCUUUGCGGCGACAGUGGCAGAGGAGGCAGUCACUGGAAACUCCCUGUUCAGGAAGAUGGAUGUCCAAGGAAUCGCCGAAGCAGCAGGGGUGUGCCUUGGAGCUGUCGCCUGCGCCGCAUUCUUUGCUUGGUUCUCUAGCGCCCGGACCAGAGUAGGUCGUAUCUUCUCCCUCAGCUGCAACACACUCAUCGACUCCCUCAUCGACCAGAUCAUUGACGGGCUGUUCUACGAAAGUGAGCUUAGUGAUUGGUCCGACGAGAUGUGAAGCAAGGAUUGGACAACGCAGGAUCAUGCAGCCAUGCCAUUCGAGGUUUCCGGGAAUUUAUAGCCCUUCUCUUGUUUAUGAAAAUUCUAGCUGAUAUAUACCAAGAAAGUAGGAAAGAAUAGCGAGAAUGAGAAGUCCAGCUGGGAAUUAGGCAUAUAGUAUUAUAAGAUAAUGAUAAUUCGCUGCGAAUAAUGAGAUCGGCAUGUGAAGAAACAAGCCAUCGAGGCAGAAUUCGAUGCUGCCGCGAGAGAGCUGAUACUGUAAUCUGAUCUGAUAUAGUUGGGUUGGGGUGUCAAAUAGAUUUGACUAGGUGGUUAGAUAUAUAAACAGCUUAAUUUGCUCUCGAGUGUUAAAAAUGGUGGUUAUAGUGCACUUUCUUGUUCUA